AUGGACGUCUCUGUGUUGUUGACUCAAAAGGUAAAACUUCGUCCAACUGAAACAAUAGUGGCAUCGCUCGAUGGACAAAUUUUAAAAGAACAGAACGGCGUCAUGAAAAUGGUAUCAAAAAAGUCCGAAGGGUUUGUUGUAGACACCUCGCCAGAUAGCAUCGCGUACAAAAUUGUCGAUUAUGUGUAUUUGGGCUCGCAAGACUGUGUCGCAAGUGAUGUGUAUCUGCACUCUCUUAAUGUCAAAAACAUUUUGUGUGUUGCACCACAAAUCCCACGUCUGUACCCGACUCAAUUUAACUACAAAAACUGUGAAAUUCUCGACCUCCCCUCUUUCGACAUCUCCGCUGCAAUUUCCGAUUGUGUCGAGUUCAUCCACAACUGUGUCAUAAACAAGAGUACUGUAGUGUGUCAUUGCAAUGCUGGAGUCUCCAGAAGUGCAACUAUCGUUAUCGCUUAUCUGAUGAAACACAAAGACAUGUCAUUCACAAAAGCGUAUGACUAUGUGAAAGUGAUUCGUCCUUGUAUCCGACCCAACGAUGGGUUCAAGGAUUACCUUUUCUAUGUUUACUCCGCCAAGUGGUG